AUGGAAACAGGUAUUACUAGGCCCCUCAAGCGGCAUCCUCAUACACGCACAUGCGCUGAUGAAGAAGCCUCUCCAGCUGCGGCACCGCCUGCCAAGAAAAUUCAUGUCAAAGACGAGAAAAUCGACGACUGGUCUGACCGAGUAUUGAGCGACGUAUUUCGUGUUACAUUGGAUGUGACUCGUGCCCUCGAUAGUCGUGGCGCAAGACUGGCGUACCUUCCAAAUUUGAAGGAUGAGAUCGAGCGAAGUGGCGAGCCGACCAAGUUGACCGCCCUCAACAUAGACCAAGCCAUUCUUGAAGCUGCCAGUGCCGUACCAGCCAGUAGACCUCUGUUCAGCUAUUUACUUCCAUGCUUUAAGAGGGUAGUGCGGGCGGCGUCUACGUCGCGAAGACCGACCCCUGAGAAGCAAGCAGUAUUAGACGAAGCCAAACGACUCUGUAUGAGUCACUGUAUAUUCGCUCUCACUAUGCCUGAUCUCUAUGGUCGAGAACCCAACGCCAGCCACGAUACAUUGGCCCCCUAUCUCCUCCGUCAUCAUGAAAAUGAUGACGGUGUCUGCUUGGACUUCUUUAACGAAGCAGUCUCUCGCAUGAAGGAAGACGAGCAGAUUGCUCCCAUCUUCACCGAGGCCAUGGUCCAAAUAAGCAACAAGCUUGCCACAAUGUCCAUGAAUGACGACUACAGACCAUACGUAAACUGCUUGGUCACAUAUUCUCGCUACCCAGCUCUAUUGGAUGCUCUUGCUCAACAUGACCAUUUCCUGGUGACACCUACGCCUGGCAUGACGAAGGAGCAGAUAGCCGUGUCGAGUGAGGUUGAUUCGAUUCUCGGACCCUUUUUCCGCAUUUCGCCCCUGCAGCCCGAGGUCACCAAGUCCUAUUUCGCGAAUCCCCGGACCAUUGAUCCCGGACAUAUCAAAACCUCACAAAGUGCUCUGCAAAUGACUCUGAAAACUCAUCAAGGGGACCUAACGAGCAUCAUCAAUGCGUUUGUUCGCUCUGGUCAGACGGCUCGCAACCGCGUUCUCGACUGGUUUGCGUUCAUCGUGAACACCAACCACAAACGACGUGCCCUACAGUUGAACCCUACGCAUGUUGCUUCUGAUGGCUUCAUGGUGAAUGUCACGGCAACGCUAGAUCAGCUCUGCGAACCUUUCAUGGACGCAUCAUUUUCCAAGAUAUCCAAGAUUGAUAUCGACUACCUCCGGCGCAACCCCAGAGUGAACAUAAGCGACGAAACGAAAUUGAAUGCAGACCAGUCAUCAUCGGAUGAAUUUUACGACAAGAAAGUUGAAGGAACAUCUAACUUCAUUUCCGAGGUGUUUUUCUUGAACCUCGCCGCCCACCACUAUGGCAGCGAAGCGGCCAACUCCAAGCUCAAAGAUCUGGACAAAGACAUCAAACACUUCCAGAGGGCUGAGAAGGAGAUGAGUGAAAAUAUGAAAAAGCUCCCGAACAACUCCCCGCAAAUGUUUGCGGCGAAGCUGCAAUACGAUAAGAUCAUUAACGUUUUGGAGAAGUCCAUGGCGUUACGAUUCUCUAUAGAAGGAGUUCUCACCGACAAGAGCAUGCAGACGCUGUCAUUGCAGUUCAUGCGUUAUGUUACGGUAUGGCUUCUGCGCGUGGCAAGUGGUUCUGCGUAUGUACCUGGACAGAGCCUCAAACUCCCGCUCUCCAAGGAUUCACCACAAGAAUUUAAUUGCUUGCCCGAAUAUGCUCUACAGGAUGUUGUGGACAAUUUCAAGUUUGUGAUGCGCUUCAUGCCCCAAAUCAUGAUGUCAGCUGUCGGCGAUGAGAUCGCGGCCCUGUGCAUCACAUUCUUGAGAUCAUCGGAGUACGUCAAGAACCCGUAUCUCAAGUCCUCGCUGGUGACCCUUCUCUUCUCUGGGACAUUCCCGAUGUAUCAUCUUAGUCGCGGUAUACUUGGUGAUAUUCUGGUCGGGUCCCAGUUUGCCAACGAACAUUUGCUCCAUGCUCUCAUGAAGUUCUACAUUGAAUGCGAAUCCAGUGGUGUCAGUACUGCAUUCUACGACAGAUUCAACAUUCGAUAUGAAAUCUUUCAGGUCAUGAAGACUAUCUGGCAGAACAGCGUCUACAAGGAGCAAUUAAGCAAAGAGAGCAAGGUCAAUCGACAGUUCUUCGUGCAAUUCGUCAAUCUGCUCCUGAACGACGCGACCUACCUGCUUGACGAAGCUUUGUCAAAGCUGGCUAAGAUCCAUGACUACCAGAAACAACUUCUCGACCAAUCGCUGUCUCCAGAGGACAGAGAAAAGGUGCAGUCUGACAUGGAGCAAGCAGAGCAGCAAUGUCAGAGCUGGAUGUCUCUCGUCAACGAGACCAUGGCCAUGAUGAAGUUGUUUACCGAAGCCUUGAAAGAUGCUUUUACCAUGCCUGAGAUUGUGGGACGGCUGGCAAGCAUGCUUGAUUACAACCUCGAGACUCUCGUUGGACCCAAGAGAGGGAACCUCAAGGUGGAAGACGCAAAGAAGUACAACUUCGACGCAAAGACGCUGUUGUCCGGGUUCAUUGAUAUCUAUCUGAAUUUGGGCUCUCAGGAGGCUUUCAUCGACGCUGUCGCUGCGGACGGACGUUCAUACAAGCCCGCCAACUUUGACGCUGCGUCCAAGAUCCUGAGCGGAAAGGGUUUGAAGACGCCCGAGGAACUCGCUAAGUGGGCCACGCUGAAGCAGAAAGUGGCAAAGGCGAAAGAGAUUGCCGACCAGGCUGAGGUUGAUCUCGGCGAGGUACCAUCGGAGUUCGAGGACCCCAUUAUGGGUAUCCUCAUGGAAGACCCCGUCCUACUUCCCUCCAAGGCGAUUGUGGACCGUUCGACAAUUGUGCAGCACCUGCUGUCUGACGCUAGAGAUCCUUUCAACCGAAAUCCCAUGACUAUCGAGGACGUGAUACCGGUUGACGAGCUGCGCAGGCAGGUUCAGGCUUGGAAAGCUGAACGGGUGGCAAUUGCCGAGGCAAAGUUGGCCGGUGAUGCCAUGGAUACGACGGCCGGUUGA